AUGGUUGGUCCUGGCCGCGAAUGCACGAUCUGCGUUGCGCUCACGUAUUUGUCCAUCGGAACAGUGAACAGAGCCCACACGAGGGUUGCGACCGGAAUGCACAGAGCCAGGUCAGCCACCAACAUAUUUGGAGUUCUGUUAAUGACUGACGACGAGGAGUGCCAUCAGUGGGCUACGCAAGGGUUGAAGGAAGCACAACGAUCCGCGGAAAGGGCCAUCGCGCAUCUAAGUGGUGAGGCGGUUCUUCGUCUACCUAGCGCCGAAUCCCGUCAACUGGCUGUUGGUAGUGGGAGUAACGACGCCAGACAGCCGGCCGUAUGCAUAUUCUUCACGCUCCACCCUCCAAGUCGCAUGGGUUCAUCUGCGAACAGCGUGAGGACAUGCCAAGGCAAUGCCGGCUUCAGUUCGCCUCAAGCCGGUGGCUCCUGCAGGACUGUCCGCGUCUGGCUGAUUGUCAGAACCCGGCAGACCGCCAACUGGCUAGAGUCGUGGUCGCGCUUCGGGGAAGCUUGCCCGGCGGCGCGAGGAGAGUGCAGGAUAGCCAGCGCCACGAUCGGCAUGGCUGCCUCGAUGCAGCGUCGACACCGGGUCCUGCGCUCUGUGCUUGUCCUCUUGGUGCGCUCGCCGACUUUGAUGUGUCUCCCAUCGCAUCGCAUGCGCAUGGUGGGUAUCCCCCACACGCUAGCCUCGUAUGGCGACGAACCAAGGUGGCUGGCCGAUACAGUCAGGUACCAACCACCCCUGCUCCAGUACGCCGUUCCCUGCCGUCCGCGGAGCAGUGCGAGCGGCCCGCGUGAGGCUUCGUCCAGAAGAACUCUUGUGAGGGCAUCUGCGCUUUUUGUCGGCAACGGAGCACCUCACGCAUCCUUGCCUCGCCGAUCUGUGCUGCUCACAACGACUUCGACCGCUCCAUCCCUCUUCCGCGUGGGGUUCAACCAGAGAUAUGGAGUGGCUAGACCUUCAGCACAGACGGAACGACUUUACGGGUACAGGCUUCGAUCUUCCGGCUGUGUUGCUCUGCUGUUCCGGCUAGGUCGCUGUAGGACUACCCAUCUCUGA